AUGGGUCUCCAAGUUAGAGCUCUCGCGCUGGCUGCCCUGGCCACCAUCAGCCAGGCCUCGCCCCUUGUAUACGCUCGCGAUGACUCGCCGACGAAUGUUACCUAUGCCUUCACAAACUCGAACGGCCUGAACUUUACCCAGAUGAACACAACCCUGCCCAAUGUGACCAUCUUUGCAACAGGAGGCACAAUCGCCGGCUCCGCCGAUGACAACACCGCAACAACCGGCUACCAAGCCGGCGCAUUGGGGAUCCAAACCCUCAUCGAUGCCGUCCCCGAAAUGCUCGACGUUGCCAACGUGGCUGGCGUCCAGAUCGCCAAUGUCGGCAGCCCUGACGUUUCCUCCCCCAUUCUCCUCGAGAUCGCGCACCGCCUCAACACAGUCGUCUGCAAGGACCCUACUAUGGCCGGCGCAGUCAUCACCCACGGCACAGACACCCUUGAAGAAACCGCAUUUUUCCUCGACGCAACGGUCAACUGCGAAAAGCCAAUCGUCAUUGUCGGCGCCAUGCGGCCCGCAACAGCCAUCUCCGCUGAUGGCCCGUAUAACCUCCUCCAGUCCGUGACUGUCGCUGCGAGCAAAGAGGCCAGGAAGCGCGGUGCGCUUGUGGUCAUGAACGACCGCAUCGCGUCCGCUUACUAUGUCACCAAGACGAACUCGAACACCAUGGAUACGUUUAAGGCGCUCGAGGCCGGGUUCCUGGGCGCCAUCGUCUCGAACACCCCGUACUUCUUUUACCCCCCUGUCGAGCCGACGGGCAAGACCGCCAUCGACGUGACGAACGUGACUGAUAUCCCGCGUGUCGACAUCCUCUACUCGUACCAGGACAUGACGAACGAUACUCUCUUUUCCGCUGUCGAGAACGGUGCCAAGGGCGUUGUUAUCGCAGGAACAGGCGCCGGCUCCGUCUCAAGCACCUACAGCUCCGCGAUUGCCGAACUCAUCGAGGAGAAGGAAUUUCCCAUCGUACGCAGCACGCGCUCGCCCAGCGGCGAGGUUCCCUUCUCCGAGUCCGGUGAUGAUGGUAUCUCGAGUGGAUAUCUGAACCCGCAAAAGGCGCGUGUGCUUCUCGGGCUGUUGCUUGCCAAGGGGAAGAGCUUUGCGGAUAUCUUGGGGGCGUUUGGAAAGGUUGCUGUUUAG